AUUGUCAAUGUUGUUAGGCUUACCAAAUGGAGUCUAAUGGAGUCGAUUUAAUGAAAAUUCUUUGAAAAGAAAAUCAAUUUGAAAGCAUGAAAAAUUCCUUUGAAAUGGUAAACAAAUGAAUUUUUAUUUAAAAAUUAUAAAUUAGGAAAGUGCAAAAUAUUGUGCGUGCAAGUGAACGCUUUAAAGUGAAAUGUUUACAAUCUAGACAUGGGAGACACCUCUGCUGUUUGUCACUAGAAAUUUCAACGAUUUUCCUGGGAAUAUUGCAUUUUUCCGUUGAGUUAACAUGGAAUUUACUUUCUUUGCAUGUUAUUGGAUACAAAUAUAAACUUUUGGAAUGUUGAAAUCAUCCCCUAUAAGUAUAGCCACAGGCAAUGAUGAAAAUUUUAUUCUUUUACUUUUAAUUGCUGUGAAUGCUCAUCAACGUCUCCAAUACUUAUAUAUAUAAGUAGAAAUCAGUAGUAUAUGAAACCUAAUUAUGACUAUUCUUCAUAUUCAGGUAUUGGAUAGCUAUGUAGCUGCACAGAGGAAAUAAGCCUGUGCACCAAUUAAGUGCAAUGUCACAGAGAGUUAAAAGGCCUAAUCGUUCUGAAGAUGGCUCAAUUCCUAAUAAAAGGCGGAAACGCACGGCGGCGGAAGAAGAAGAAACGACCUCCUUGGCAGCAGCAUCGACAAUCAAUUCAGCUGCUACAAGUGGUAAUGCCAGUGGGACUGGAGGGGCAACUAAUGUGGCUUGGCAGCCACCUCGUACAAAUGAGUUGAAGAGUAUCUAUAACCGUACUACAACCGAAGCACCAGCAGAAUUAUUCCGUAAAGAUCUGAUCAGCGCUAUGAAGCUUCCUGAUUCCGAGCAAUUAGCUUCCAGUGAAUAUUGGGUGAUAGUAGAUCAAUGGAAACAGGAAUGGGAAAGAGGUGUACAGGUACCUGUGAACCCCGAUAGUCUGCCAGAACCAUUGGUCACCAUAAAACCCAGCUCAUCUUGUUCUUCUUCGUUUAGACCACUUACAGAUUUUAAAUUGCACAAAACUAAAUAUACUCGCAUUACAAAAGAUGAAAAUUUUAACACGGAUGAACACGUCCUAUCUCAAGCGCCUGCCAAAGCGGAAGCUGCAUGUUCUUAUGACUUAGAUGAAUGUGAUGUAGCUUGGCUCAAAAUCUUGAACGCAGAACGAGCUGCGUCAGGCUUAGGACCUGUCUACGAAGAAGAAUUGGAAAGGGUGAUGGAGAGGCUAGAAUUAUGCUGUUGGGAAAAAAUUCAAUCGAUACUCAGGAACGAAGAAGGUUUAGGAAUUGAAUACGAUGAAAAUGUCAUAUGUGACGUUUGUCGGUCACCGGAUUCAGAAGAAGGAAACGAAAUGGUAUUUUGUGAUAGUUGCAAUAUUUGCGUUCACCAAGCCUGUUAUGGUAUCACUCGAAUUCCUGAAGGUCAAUGGUUGUGCUGUACAUGUAACAUCGGUAAGAGGCCGGAAUGUGUGUUGUGUCCUAAUAAAGGAGGGGCUAUGAAAUGUCUUAGAACUGGCCAAAAAUGGGCUCACGUCUCUUGUGCUCUUUGGAUACCUGAAGUCAGUAUAGGAUGCGUAGAAAAAAUGGAACCAAUAACGAAAGUUUCCAGCAUUCCGCAAAGUCGAUGGGCUCUCAUAUGCGUUCUUUGUCGAGAACGAGUUGGUGCUUGUAUACAGUGUUCGGUAAAGACUUGUAAAACCGCUUAUCAUGUAACAUGCGCAUUUAAACACGGCCUCGAAAUGAGAGCCAUAAUCGAAGACGAAAAUGCCGAUGACGGCGUAAAACUUAGAUCCUAUUGCGAAAAACACAGUAAAUCUAGUAAAAAAGAAAAAAGUAUAUGUUCGGGAUCGGAAGAUGACGACUGUAAGAGAAAAAAACGAAAAGAUAUGACUUCUGAAGAAAAAAAUCAGGCUCGAGCGAUCCGUUUACAAGAAAUAGAAGCGGAAUUUUUCAAGCACGUUUCUAUCAAAGAUAUAUCUAUAACAUUCACCCUAGACAACGAUGCAUUAAUAUAUAUCUAUAACUAUUGGAAAUUAAAGAGAAAAGCCGGUUUUAAUAAACCAUUACUACCUCCGAAAUCCGAAGAUGUAGAUGUACUAUCCCAUAAAAGAGAACAGGCCGAUGUAGAAAAGAUGAAGAUGUUUGUUCAGUUGAGGCAAGAUCUCGAAAGGGUGAGAAAUUUAUGUUAUAUGGUUAGCAGACGAGAAAAACUUUCUAGAAGCUUUUUCCGUAUGAGGGAGCAAACGUUCCAUAAACAAGCAGCAGUUCUAGAAUCGCCACCGACAUUACCUCCUUCCGUGAUCGAAGCAGUCAUCGAGGCUAAUCAUGGUCCGUCAAUUUACGAUAGGCUCUAUUCACACAAUGAAGCUGAAGAUCAUACGGAUGAUUUUGAAACUAUAUUAGCAAGAAUAGCGGGUAAAUCUCCCGGUCAUUCUGGCGAUGAAUCUAAAAUUGAAGUUAACGGCUUGUUCAAAGAUGUUAAAAAUAAUCCUUAUAAAAAAGUGUACUUCAACGGAUCUUCCAAACGCAGAAGCGUUAGUCUGUAUAGUAGCAGUAUGUCAGAACCGAGCAGUAGUGAUGAAAAACCUAAAGAUAAUAAAGAAAAUAGAUUACAUACUGAUACUGACGAUGAAAAACCUUCGGCAUCUAAUUCAACGAAAAAGAUACCUAGGAAACAUAAUAACGUCAGUAAAGUUGUGGAUCACAAGCGUCGAAAGAAACACAGUAUGUUAAAAAGUAUUGUGGAUACUAGCAGUGAAGAGGAUAUAGAACCUUCGAAAAAAGACUGGGGACAAUUUUCUAGAUCGAGGUUAAGUCAAAUGGAUAAAGAAUUAGGCGAAUCAGCUAGCGAUAGCGACGACCUUAUGAUACCUAUUACAUCAUUACACAAAGAUGACAAUCACAAAACUGCCGCAAACUCUAUGUCGUCUAUUUAUUCAGACACUGAUAGUUCUGAUGAUUCAGGGAAAAACGAUGAUAAAUCUUCGAACGCAACUACCGAUUCUCAAAGCAGGUUGCGUACAAAAGCAGCAGUUAAAGAAUUUAUACAAAAACCACCGAAAUGCAAUAAAAAUAGUAAUAAUGCAGACAUUAAAAAGAAAUCAAAAGUCGAUGAGGCUAAAAAAGAAAAGGACACAAAGAAAAAAGACUAUGUACCUUCUGAUCUCAUUGUUCCUCAAAGACAAGCAGCAAAAAAGGCCACAGAAAAUCUAAAAAUCACCACUACUUCAAGAACCAAAGACCAUCCUGUUCCGGUAGAAGAACCUCCUAUUAAAUUGGAAGAAAAAGCGAAACCCAAACAGAAAGCGAAAGCCUGCAAAGAAAGUGAUGUCAAAGAGAUGGAAGUUAGGGAGAAACAAAUAAAAGAUAAAGAAAAAGAAUUGGUAAAAGAAGAAAAGCCCAAAGAUAAAGAACUAUCGAAAGAAAUCAAAGAAAAGAAAAAAGACAAAGAAAAGGAAAAUAAAUUGGAAGUAUUUGAUAUAGAAAAAGAAAUAGAAAAAGAAUUAUUAUAUGUUCCACAAAGACAAGCUGCUAAGAAAGCUGCAGAACAUAUAAAGAGUGGACUUGGAAAGCCGAUACCACAAACUAAUGAAAUACCUCAAUCACAAGAAACUUUGGAAAAAAUUAAGAAAGAAUUCGAAACAACAAAGAAAGUUGAUGGUAGCAAAAAGUCAGAUACUAAAAGUGAUAACGAACCAAUAAAACCAGCUAAAAUAUCAGAAAGUAAAAGAAAGUCUUCCACUAAUUCGAGCAGUAAUUCGUCUUCCUCUACAAAUAGCUCAUCGGAUUCAUCCAGUUCUUCAAGUUCAGAUAGCGAAGAACCGUCAGAUGAAAAACCAUCUCAACAGCCGCGAUCGGAGAGUAAUAAGCGGUCCAAUGUCAAAGACUUGCCCUUUCUUGACAAGGGAGCCAGGUCUGCGGCAACCUCUGGUUCCUCAAGCUCAAGCGAUUCCAGUCCCCCCUCUUCACCCACAAAGAAACCUUCGUCCCCUUCACCAAUUCCCGUAUCCCAAACAGACUCUCCAUCGCGAGCCGCAAAUGAACAUGCUACCAAAAUCAAAAGGAGUCCCGAUAAGAAGCAGCCUUCGGCGACUUCUAAACGAGAAGAACAACAGCAAUCACGAUCGUCUAGAGGACGAGGAAGAGCUCCUAGAGGUCGUCCCAAGACAUCAAACUCUAGUGAACGGCUCGGAGAUGUUAAUGUCAGGAAUAGAGAUAUGUCUGAUAGCCAACGUGUCAGUGUGGAAGGAGAAUCUAAAAUUGCGAAAGGACGAAAGGGAAAAUCAAAUACAAGAGAUAGUUUGGACGAAAAGGAAACCUCAGUCGAUAAAUUACUCUCUCCGGUCCGUAAAACGGAUAAAAAAAUGAAGGAUGAUAAAACAUCUGAAACUUGUACAUUAGAAAAAGAGAUUCUCGAGAGAAAAGCGGACAAAGAAGGUGCGGUAACAAAAAGCAAAUCAUCCAUGUUUGAACGACUAUUUGGCACUCCAGAGAAAAAAGAAGUCAAAUCGGAAAGAAUAGAUAACUUGGAGAAAGUUGAAAAGACGGAAAAAGUAAAGAAAGACUUAUCGAAAAUACUAGACAAGCCUUCUAAAGUUGAAAGACCUCUUAUAGCACCUGAAAAACUUACAAUUCCUGACAAAAAUAAUUUUGUGGACAAGUCAAAAACUAUACUGGAAAAAUCUAAUAAAACUGUCGAAUCUCCGAAGCAAAUUGUGGAAGAUAAAUUCCAGCAAAAAUGUACAUCAGAUAAAGUCAAAGAAGAAGAUAUUCCAAAACCCACAUUACCAGAUAUUUCCUCAGAUAAACCCAUAAAAAUAGAAUCCUUAAUAAAAUCUCCCAAUAAGGAAUUAAAAGAACAGAUAGACAAAAAACUGGAACAAAAAGAAGACAAGAAAGUAGUUAAUAAAAAAUCAACAAAUAAAACUAGAAGCAUAGAUGACAUUUUCGCUAAUAAACUGUCAAAUAGCGAAACCAAAGAAAACGAAAUCGAUAUCAAAAAACCCCCGACUCCAAAACAAAUAAAAACUACCGAUGAAAUAACGUUAGCGGACAAAAUAGUAGACGAUCAUUUGCAGAUACACAAAGCGAAAGAUCUGUUUCGUCAAUCGGAAGUCGUUCAGGAGGCUUUUACGGUAACACCAGAUGUAGCUAAAACGUUACUUAACGAUCUCGAGGCCGAAAAGAAAAAUUUCGUGAAACCAAUCGGCUUAACCAAUCAAGUAUUACAAAAUCGUUCUAUUUUUUCACCGCAACCGCACGUUAAAGACGCAACUGAUUUCUUGGAUUUAGUUAACUUUGAUAUGGAUAUUAGUAAAGAUGAUGAUAUAAUUAAAAGUACUCUAUCUUGGAACUUUAACGCCAAUAACACUAUAGUAAGGGAAGAUACCAAAGAAGAUAGUGCUAGAGAAACGUUAAAUUUGGUGGAAAAACUUAGAAUGGGAUUGUCGAAAAAAUCGGGAGGUAAUGAAUUGGACGAACCUACCACAAGCGAAACCGAUCCACGGAUACCUUUUCAUCAAGAAAUACCUUCUGAAUCUACAAAUGAGGAAGCUAAAGAAACUCCGAUUAAUAAAUUAUUACCAGCGUGUGAUCUCGCCUCUGCUAAAGAAUUUUCGCAUACCAACAAAGAUACUCAACAAGAUUAUAAUUAUUUAAAUAAUAUUCCUCCUAAUGUAUCUAAAGAUAUUGUUCAACCAAACGAAAGUCUAACAGCUCACAGUGCGCCGGUAGAAGGUGACGAACGAUGGGUACCGCCCAGCGAUAAUUAUACCGACAUACAUCCGGUAGAUCAACGAUUUAACAUAGAUCCUGCUGUACCAUCGAUUAGUAAUGAUUCUGUGAUACCAUCGAUAGUUCAAGAUACCGUCGUUCCCCAUUAUAUAGAUCAAUUCGGAAACAAUAAUACCGACCAACAACAACACAAAAAGCAAUUUAAUUCUUUACCCGCUCAACUAGAAGCUAGACUACAUGACGAAGUACUGAAAUCGACGCCGAUAAUUAGAAAUAGGAUAUCUCAGACACCGCUCAGUGAAACUCCUAUGGAUUCUAUGAAUAGUCCAAUGCCUUAUUCAAACAUUCAUCCACAAGCUAAAUGGGCUGACUGCGAGGUCAUGCCGAAUAGACGAUCUGUUUCAAGGUCGUCUUCAAGCUCUUCAUCGUCGUCGUCAAGCUCUCGUCGAGAUGAAGAUGAAUCACGUCUCCCAGAUAUGCGAAUAGUCAAUCAUGCAACGUUGGAUAUGGCGACAUCAUUCCUAGCCAAUCAAGCUCCACCUCCUUAUCCACCAAAUCCUUUAGACAACUUUGGUGGUUAUUCUGUUCCAGAUGGAUAUCCUGUUAGCUUAUUUCCACCACCUAAUCUUAAUACUCAAUUACCUUUUCCACCUACUGGACCUGCUCCGAUGUACCAUCCACCUGCUUUUGGUGCUCCUUUUCCAGCUUCAUCUCAUUCCAUGCCGCCUAUGUCGACUACAAAACCCGUGGAAGAAUCUUCAGUUACCUAUUCAUCGACAUGUACAGCCGCGUUUACGUCUUCUCAACAUAAUAUGGCAUUUACUGCUGCAAUGGUUAAUAUGCCUCCUUCUACUGUCGAACCUAAGCCGAUCGAACAACAACUGGAAGAACAUCUGUUGGGACAACCCAAUUUGGAGACUGUGGUACCACCUUCUUUAACACCUACCACAUCUGCUGAAGAGAUUGUUCCAUCACCGGCUCUGAGCAACAGUACUCCAACAGCAAAUAGCACGUUACCUUCUCCUAGCACAUCCUUAAAAUCUAAUAGUUCGACUGGUAAGAAAUCGCCUAGUAAACCAACAAGAACUUCUGCUAGAGUCAGUUCUCAAAUGAUGAACAAAUCGCCUGCCAAAAGUCCAGGAAAAAGUCCGAGACAAGAGACUGCUCUUAAACAAAGUGGUCCCGGAAGGGGUAAAGCUGAUCAUAAGCGCGCUCCAAAUAAAAGUGGUAUUAAUAGGGGAGCAGGUGCCUUACGAGGAAGAGGACGAGGUAGAAGCAGAGGAAGGGGCAACCACCACAGUGACUUUGACUUUGUGAGCGCUGGUACCAUUCACAAUAAACUAGUUGGCACGGUGUAUGAUUUAGACUUCGAUGAUGAUAUAUCCAAUGAUAACAUGGCGGACUUAAAGUCCAUGAGAGAGCGAAGAAAGUCCUUAGAUCUCCAUGAAAGAAAAUACGAACCCUUUUCUUCAACUAGGAAUUCUCCUCGAUCGCCCAAAUUUUCUAGUCCAUCACAAACAUCACAUAAAGGUAGGAGUUAUAACACUGACCUAAGGGAAUUGCGACCGCCAACCCCAAUUGAAGAUAGUCGAUCGAAGACUGACAUAUCUCUCGUUAAUUCCAACAAUGAUUCAACGCGAGCUUUUCCAGAUGUUACACCCCCUCUACCUGGACCAGUCGACAUGCGAACUUACAGUGCCAACUUCGAUCAACAAACUUAUAAUGAACAGAAUCUACUAAGUGCCUUUGCAAGCGGCACAGCAGAGACACAGGUGCAGGAUAUAGAUGAAGACUUUGAAAAGGAACUUCAUACUGCUCUAGCCAAGAAACCCAUUGAACCUCCAAUACCACCGUCAGAAUCCUCAAACAAUAUUAAAGUUUCCCUUUCGGACUCACGUAAUCAAUUGAAAGUUAAAAUAAAAGGACCCAUUGCUAAUUAUACAUCAACUGUCGCGCCACUUCCGCCUUUACCACCUCCCGUUCACGAUAGUUCGACACCUGUUUCUGUUAAUUCAGCUGUCAAUAAUGCAAUCAUCAAUAGUGGUGUUACCGGAAUCGGAAGCAUCUCUUCUGGAGGUGGAGGAGUCCCGUCAAGUUUAAGGAGAAUGAGAAAGAAGGAACUGUUGAGGCAGUAUUGGACACAGGAUAUGAAUAUGGAUGAUCCUACAAGCAAUACAGGUUUUACAGCACCAGCAGCGCCUCCUGUCAACAGAACUAUUAUAACAAUUCCUAAGGCAGUCGCUUCUAUGACCAGCAUUCCCACAAAAGAAGAUUACCGUGACUAUAGGACGGAUUCGGAUGAUUUGCUCGAUUCCAAACACCUCCGUAAAGAAUCAAAGUCGCGUCCUCUCUCUCGAGAACUUCGUCAAUUGGAUUUAAUUGACAGCGAGGGACAUCUUGAAAGAAGACGAAGUGUUGGCUCAUCAGGUACCAACAAUGCCAGUUUCGAUUCAUCUUUAGCUAAUAAACGAAGAGGAAGACCAAUGAGGCCGUCUUCACAACAACCAUUCCAACAGCAGGUUACGCCGAAGCUCAAAAUUAAAAUAGGCAAUAAUACCAAUAGUAUUGUGGGUGGAUUAGACCAUCCACCCGAUCGAAGAGAUAGGAUAAGACCGCCUAAGAAGCGAUUAGUUGCUACACCUAACAAACCAUCUGUGGAAGAUUUGAAACGAGAGAGUAUGAAGUUUAGAAAAAUGAUGAUCAAAGAUCUAAAAAUCAAGCACAAAAAGGAUAAGAGCGAGAAGAAAAAAAAGAAAAAGCUCAAGUCCGAAGUACAAAUAAUUGCCAACGCUAGUGAAAAUCCUACAAAACUGAUUAUUCGGUUUGGUAAAAAGAGUGAUAGUGAGAGUGAUAAACGGACGAGUGGUGAAUUGGACGAUAUAAAACCGGAAUCUGGUAAUAAAGAUAUUCCGGAUAAACCUUCAAUACAAUCGGACGAUAAAUUACCGCCGGUUAAAUUAAUUCCUAUAAAAUUAAAACUGUCUAGAUGUCAAGAAGGUUCCGGGUAUGUGAUGAAACCUCCCGUCCAGAACACCGAAAAAGAAGAGGAGAGGGCGGUACAACCGGGCCAACCUCCACCCGCCGAUCCCGAACCAACGCCUCAUAAAGAAACGGAACCUGCCGCCAAAUCCUCCCCAUCCCCAUUAGACCCCGCCCUUCCGGUAUUAGCCGUCAAUAAAGACUGCGAAGUUAGAUGAUAAUCGUGUAAAUUUAUUUAUGUCGAAAUUGUGUAAUAUAUGUAAUAUUGGUUGGAUAUGAUAGUGACCAGUGUGAAGGCAGAAAUAGAGAGAUUAAAUAAUUGCGAAUUAUUUGUACAGUCCGAUGAGAUGCUAGCUGCUAUUCACAUGUUUAAAUCCACGUUGUUAAGCUGACUAGUGAAUGUGUAGGCUAAGCGAAGGACACAUACGUGGAUAAAUUAACGUCGACAGUUUAUUAUUGAGGGAUCUCUAUUUGUUUAUUAACUACAUUUAAUUGAUUUUGCUCAUUUUUAUGGUUGAUCAACUACAAAAUAUUGAUCGUUAUUUAAUUUUAUUAUAUCUCUGAUAUACAAAUUUUUUACAAAUAUACUAAAUUGAUCAUUUAACAAAUUAUAGUUGAUUAACUAUAAAUAAAUAUUAAAUUUAUUCAAAGGAAAUAUUUGAUACAAAAACCUUCAGAUCAUUAUUAAUGAAUAAUAAAAAUAAUUAUGAUUCUAUGUUAGAGACUUGAGGUACAUCUGACUUGAUAAGGUAUUUCAUCUCUGAUGAUUACUGUUGGGAGAGACAAGUUGUUGUCUUUGUAAAAUUUAAUUAGACUUGUUGAGAAGCCAAGUGGUUCAAUUUUUUAAUCAAGAUCUCAUUAUCAAUCCUGUCGAACGCUUCCGUAGUAUCGUUGAAUUUUGAUAUAUUUUAAUCAUUUUUAUUACAUGUUAUAAAAACUAUGUAAGCGAGAAAAAGAGAUCCAAAAAUGGGAAAACUGUCGACACCGUUUCCAGUAUGUGAUAUUCAUUGUACAAAGUCAAUUAUGGCAACACCGUAAUAUUAUUUUUGUACAUAUUGUAAGUUAAUGUAAUUGUGAAUAUACAUAAUAGUGACUAAACUAAUUUAUAUAAAAUUUCAUUUAAAAUGAUUAUUAACUCGUGUUGACAAGUUUUUUGAUAGGUAGAACUCGUUAUUAGAGAAAAAAAAAGAAAUGAUUCGUCAUUAUACAGAUUGUUUUGAAAAAACAAUCUGUCUCAAGAAACUUUUGAAAUAAUAACUUUUAAAUAUUGCAUUUAUCAUUACCUGUUUAAAAUAACGUUAGAAAAGUAAAAAAAAAAUAUUACACCUUAAUUAAAUUUUGAUAUUCCAGCUGCAAGCGACUAUUUGUAAAUUUUAUUUGGGAUUAUUUGAAAUUCAGAAAUGUAGAUUACAACUUUUUUGCAUCAAAGUAGAAAAUAUUUUUCGGUUUUUCUGUUUUGCAAUUUUGUGGAGGAUAUUUUCGUAAUUUUUCAGGUUCUGUUUGGCUUCAAUUACAUAUGCAAGUUCACUGUUAUGGUAGGUAGUCAUUUUUCCAUUUUAUUUAUCCGUAUAUUUCAUGUAAAUGAAAAAUGUUGGAUAAAUUAAAAUAGUUUUUGACGUGGACAGUUUGUCACAUUUUGAUAAAAUAAUACAGCAAUAGUGUUAAUCAGAGAGAUCAGAAGGCUUCAGAAUAUGACGAAAGGAUAAAGCAAAGAGAUAGUCCUUCUGUAAUAAAAUAAAUUGAUACAAAACAAAAUAUCUACUAAGAAUAGGAAUAGAAAGGUAAUAGAAUUCGAAAAAAAACUGACCUUCAAUUAUCUAUCAAAGAAAAAAAUUAAUCAACUCAACCGAUUUUCAGAAAUUAAUUUCUUUUUUUGAACAAAAUGAUGUUUUCUUCAUUUUUAUGUCACUAGGAAAUAAAUACAGUUACAUCCGAGAUCAAUGAACAAGUAAUAGAUUCGGGGAAACGAGAACAAAAAUAAUAGAGAGAAAAUGAUGAUAAUAAUUAUUAAAUAAAUAAAAGAUUCGUCACAACUGAAGGAAGGAACGAGAUAGUUUAUCAAUUUUAUUUUACACAAGAUAUAAAUAUAUUGAUGAUUUGAUGAAUGAAAAUAUAAACAACUUUUAUUUGAUUUAUAAAAAGCUCAAAUGGGAAGACACGCAAAAAAUUAAAAUUUCUUACUUUAGAAAAUUACAAAAGUUUUUCGAGAUGGAUUUUUUUCGAGACAAUUGAUACGCGAAAAAAUAUUAUUUAUAAAUAUAUAUUGUACAGGGCAAAUGGCUUGCGUGCAAUUUUAUUAUGGAUGAUAUUGUUGUUAUGAGAGCCAUUGGUUUUUUAUUAUUAUGAUUAUUAUAUUGUAAAAAUCGUCUUCUUUUUUAGUGAGAGUUUGUUUUAUGCAGGAUAUUUUGAAUGUGUGGAUACAUAUGAAGAUAUAACGUCAAUUUUGAAAGGUAACUUUAAAUCAUUUCGAUUUUAGUUUAACUCUAUUAAAUAUUGUUUUCCCACAAAAAAGAUCUCAUCAAUUUUAUAUGAAAAACUUUUAAAACCAAGUAAUUCGGAGCUUUUAUGUUAAACUUACUACUACUUGUAAAACAAGUACUGAUAGUAUAUUUCACUAAAAUUUUAUUUAGUGAGCCAGUCAAUUUUAAAAAACGAAUUAUCAAAGUUUUAAAAAUAUUUUUAACAAACAAAUCAAUAUGAAUUAUAAUAAAUACAAUAAACAAUCUAGGUGGAAAAAAUAUAGUGUACUGACCAGUGAAAUGUAAAUUAGUUUUAAUGGAGCGCUUCUCAAGGUGUUUUUACUUUCUCGACGUAACUUCCGGUCCAAAAAGAUGUAAAUUCAAAAAAUAAAAAAUACAUAAUUUUUGUUGUCACUUUGAAGUUUCAAAAAUUCACGUUAUAUUAAUAACUUCUGUAUCAAGUGUAGGUUUUACCAUUAUGCAUAGGGUGCUGCGUUAUUUUUUCACGUUUCCUUUUUACUCUCCACUUUUAUUAUCCUUUCUCUAUUUUAUCUUUAAUGAUUCUAUGUUUAAUUUAUGUCUGGACACCUCCACUAUCUAUUUUCCAUCAAAUGUGUGUUAGAUUUAAUCGAGAUCUAUUUUUAGUCAUUGGGGACACGAUAGAUCAUUUGGGUUACAGGGUAUAUGACACCCUGAAUUACACUUGUUAGUAUCCAUUACUGUAUAUUUUUGUCGGUCUUUCAACAUUUCUUAUUUUCUUGUUUUUAUUUUUAAUGCCAUCUCUUUUUUUUACAUGUAAUGAAUAUAUAGCAAAUCAAGUGUACUCUGUUUAAUAUGUAUUCCGAAGUUUCGAAUACUUACUUAUUCAUCAUCGGGGAAUUAGUUAUUCAAGAAUUAUGAUGAUUAUAAAUAUGUAAGUAUUCAAAAGUUCGAAAUGCAUAUUGUAUGUAUGUAUGGAUUUGGGAUCUCAUAUACCCUGCGACCCAAAGGAUCUAUUGUGUCCCCCUUUCUUGCUGUGAUACUGGAGAACCCAGUGUUUACACCUGAUCCAUUAAUCCCACUCCAUUUAAAAAGUCUAGAAUGUGGGAUAGCUUUAAUUGCCAGAGAUCUUCGUUUUCUAUUUCUUUCGCUGUCAGGUGUAGUGCUCUGGAGUUCCACACUUUGAGAGAAUGUGGAUAAGGUUUCGUCCUCUGUGCAACAAAACCUGCAAAAUCUGCUGAUCAAGCGUCUUUAGGUGUUUGUUGACACUUAGGUUGAUACAUUCAGCAGACCUACUCUGGUUAUAGUUUCCCAGAAGAGGGAAUACAUAUUAGGAGUUCACUUUGGUGUAUUCAUAAACUAGUUCGUUUUAAUAUAUUUUCCAUAUUUUUUUUUGUUUUCUAUGCUUAUGAUUAAUGUCUUUGUUUUCUUAACCUUGUUGAUAGUUAUUUUCCAAAUAUGUUAAUACUAUAAAAACAUUCAGUUUUGUUUUUAUUAAUGUUCACUUACCAAAUAUUUUACUAUAGCAUUGAAAAAGUAAUGCACUCUACUUAGUUGUCUUAAUUUUAUGCUUAAUGUUAUCCUUUUUUUAGUAUUCAUUGAAUGGCAUCUUUUAUUCAGUUAAAUACCUUCUCAAAAUUUUUGUAGCCAGAUUGUGUGUCUCUGCCAUCCUUUACUUAUUUUUCUAGCCUAUCUAAUUAUCACGUCUUGUGUAUUGUAUAUUGUAUUCCUUGUAAUAUUAUUGCCAACGCUUUCCCUGAUUUUUCAUGAAAGCAAUCCAUUUCUAGCUGCUGCAUACAAAUGUUAAUCUUUCUUCUAUGUGAUUCAUUUCCACACAUUUUUAUCACGAAAAGUGAUCAUUCGGAGAGGUUUCAUUUCCAAGCACACUUUUUAUCAUACAAAUCAUCAUGAUCAUCAGCCUCAGCACGAUCAUCCAUUUCAAAAUCUGAGCUGUCUAUAAUAACUAAUUCCAGUAGUCUUUCUCCACAGUUGCCGACCUGUUUGCUAUUUCAAGAAUCCUGGUAUCACUUUUGAUGCAGUCCAAGCAUCUAAAUUUCAAACUUGCGUCAUUUCUUUUCCUGGCUAAUUCGGCAUUGAAGAUCAUUUUCGGUAUUAACUCUAUCCAUCAAUUCGACAUGACCCACCCACAACAGACUCACAAGUCUUAUGUAAUUGACCACGUCUAUGUCCUUGUACAAGUUCUUGAUGAUGACGUAUCCUCCACUGAUUAUUUUGUUUUACUGGACCAUAUAGUUUCCUAAGAAUUGUUCUAUAAAAGACUGAGAGCCUUUGCUCUAUAGCCUUCGUCAUCUCAAAGUUUUCGACAGAAUUGGGCGUCACUGUUUGGAUAAUCGCUAUCACUGAACCUAGAUAAUUGAAGCUAUUAACUCCUCAAUUAUAUCUCAAUAAUAUUGGAUUCGUCCAAAGGACAUAAGUCUUUUGACGCUGUUUGUAAUUUUCCAACAUUGUACAGAUUGUGAGUACCGAUGCUUUUUUUAUGUAUCGGAUAUGUUACUCCUGUCUUCCAAUCUUCCUGUAUUACUUCCUCUGUCCACGCCAUUAGUAUUAUUUCAUGCAAAUUCUCUAAUCUGCUUCCGUACAGUUCUUAAUGCAGUCCAUCAAUUCUGGUCGUUUUAUUGAUUUUCAGGUACAUCUAGUAGUUCUAAAUCGCCAUUGUGGAAAUUAUAUCCUAUUAGCUCAAUACCACUAUUUCUUUUAAAAUGCUGUUUAUAGUGCUGAGUCCAUUUUUCCAGAAUACCAGCUUGCUAUAUGACCAUCGCUUUUUCGAUUUUGGCUUAUCCUUCGUAGAGAUGCUUUCCUACCACCUUUCUUUGUGUUCCUUUCAUCAUUGUUUAUUAUACAAAUGGCUACUUAUAAUAAUGUUAUUUCUAUCUAAUCUUUCAUUUCCUUUUGGUAAUAUUCAUAGAAAAUUUAAAAAACUCGAAACAUUUUGGAUGUCAUUCUUGAUAUAUAUAAAAAUUGUUAGGAUAGAUUUUGAGCAAGAAUUUUAUAAUAGACUCUACUUUCUUUAAAUUUAUCAUUUGUUUCAAUCAUUCACAAUUUUUAAAAACCAAUGUUUUGGAAUUUUGACUGCAAUUCUUUGAUUUGACAGACCCGGGUACACUAUAUUUUUUCUAUAUUGAAAGACCAUAAUCAUUGUUUUUCACUAAUUUCAUUUGAAAAUACAACAAAGCUCUUCUAUCCGUCUACAUAUUCGAAAUAUUUUAUAAUUUUUCUUUUGCAGAUCCCAAUGUGUUCUCUUUCUUCGUUACAUAUUUUAUUGACACUUUAAUUUUUUUUUUAAUUUUGUAUUUGAUGGAAUGGAAUGACAAUCUAUCUUCUAGCUUCUUAUAGACAAUAUUCCACAUGGGUUUUAUCAAAUAUUUUGCUAUUACUAGUGAAGUGUUUUGAAAGGCUAUUCCUCUUCAUAUCUAUAGAACCAUAGAAGCAUUUUUAUGACUACCUUUACCUGUGAGAUUAGAUUUUUAGAUUGGAUUAUUUCAUUGUUAAUCAUCAUUUGAAAAAUAUAACAUAAUUUGAUGUGGAUUGGGGCUCUGACAUUUUUGGAUAUUGCUAUCAUGAAGAUUAUUUUCUAUUUUUAUUAAUUUAUUGCAUUUGUUAUUCCUCUAGAGCACCCUUAUCUUAGCAUUCGACAUUUUUUAAUACUUUCGUGAUUAUAUUUCAAUCAAACUUUCCAAAAAUAAAAAUUCAUAUUCAUAUUUCCUUUCACCCAUUCCGAUGUCUCGGAUGAGUGUUCAGGCUUUUGUAUAUUUUUUCUGACCAUUUUCCUUAUCAAAAACUCUGAUAUAUGUUUUAUUUAGUAUCUCUUUUUUUAUAUUUUCGUUUUUGAAAGUGUAUUUUUCUCAUUCAUCUAUCUGUCUAAUUCUUAUGUCUUAUUUCCAUAAUAAUUUACCUGUUUUUUGUAUAUUUUUUCUAUUAUUUCGAUUUUUGUUUUGUUCGUUUUCUAAUGUAUUUGUUUCGUAUUUUGCCUUAUUCAGUUUUCCAUACUAUUUCCUCAUUUUCAUCUGUUCUUUCUUUCUAAUUAGUAGUGUUAUUGUGUUAUAUAUCAUUUUCUCUACCUAUCUAUAAUAUUGUUACAUUUCUGCAUCCAAUUUCCGUCUUAUUCUGUCUAUAUAAUUCCAGGAUAUUCCUGUCUUUACUAUUUGUAAAGUUUUGUAUUUCUGUAUUAAUCAUUUUGAUUUCCGAUUAUAAUAAUAACUUUUUAUUUAUGUUGUGUGUGUAUAAUUCUUAGGAGAACCUUGGGAUUUAGUCCUAAAAAUUUCUGGCGGCUUGCAAAGUCUAAAUCCUUUUCCAUUCAAUUCCAUUUUUUCCGGGCUUCACCUUUUUGAGUUCGAUCUUUGUCAGGAACUAUAGUUUCAACGUUAUUCGACUCUUCAUUCACCUUAUUUUAUUUUAACCCAGAUCUUAUUAAAAAUAGAAAUUAAAAAGAAUAUUUAGAACUAUUCACAUGUGUAAACUUUUAAAUGUAUUAAUUAUCUAAAGUAAUACCUGGGUAAUUGAAAAUGAAUUAAAAAUUUUAUUUCAAAAUAACUAAUUUUAACUUUGCAUUAGGUGACACUGCCGUACGCCAAAUCUUUUUUUUUUAAGUCAUUAAUCUGAAUUUUAUUCACGUUUUUCGAGGUAAAAGAGUUAUUAUUGUAUCCACACUUUCACUAAUUCCUGUAUUUUUAAAAUAUUUAACGAUUGUCAGUACACAAAUGUAUAAAAACAACAAUGUGGUCUUUCUUAAUUGAUUCUUCAAGUUUUAUUCUAAAAUCAUGGACGGAAGUCGAAUAAUUAUAAAACUAUUUUAUAUAAUUUUAAUUUACAAAUGUUUAAAAUAUAUUUUUUGUUAUUUAUUUAUUUAUGUAGUGAACGGAUUAAAAGUACUUUUUU